AUGGAAGUUAGCACCCAUACAACUUCGACGCUCAGUCGAAGCAACAGUCGGACCAGCUCCAAUUCGGAGCUUGAAAAGGAACUGAUCGAUCUCGAUAUCAGCGGCGGAGGAAACAACAAAUCAAACACACUCAAGAAGCGCAUCUCGAGCAGUCGGACACCGGCAAAGAAGGCGAAAAGGAUACGAUUUUUUCGUAAUGGUGACAAAUUCUAUCCCGGUAGCACGAUACCGGUGUCGGUGGAGCGUUAUAGAUCGUUUGAUAGUUUAACGGAAGAUUUGACGAGAUUGCUGGAAGACAGCGUAACGCUAACCGGUGCGAUACGCGCAAUUUACACCCUCGAGGGCAAAAAGAUCGAAAAGGUGGACGAUCUGGAAGAUGGCAAAUGUUACGUAUGUUCCUGCAAUAAUGAAGGUUUCAAGCGAAUAGAUUAUAACGUAUCCAACACAAACACCAAGAAUCCCAACAGACUGUCUAGAAUAAUACGCCCACUGUCGCCGGUGAAGAACGGUGGUACAAACGGUUCCACGCCGUUGAAAGAGAUCGAUUCCGUGGUGCAUCCUAGGAUCGUAACACUCAUAAGGAAUGGCGUGAAACCUCGAAAGAUCAUGCGAUUACUGCUAAACAAACGGAACAGUCCUACCUACGAACACGUGCUGACAGCCAUCACGCAAUGCGUCAAGCUAGAUACGGGCUGCGUGCGGAAAGUAUUUACCGUGUCCGGUAUACCGGUGCAACGAUUAGCGCAGUUCUUCGAUGACGACGAUGUAUUCUUUGCGUACGGUAAUGAACGAGUGGGAAUCAAUGAUUUCGAGCUGGAAGCGGAAGAAAGCAAAGCCAUCGCCGCGCAUCGGAAAACGCUUCGCAGUAGUACGACUAGGACGGGACCAAAGCCCAAGAUGCCUGUGAAGAGUCACAACGAUACGUUCGUUUGUGUGGAUGAAUCUGCGCUUAACGGUGGUAUCCUGCCGGAUUCGUUACCACUGGAAUUACAGGCCAAAUAUACGCUUGGAUCAAUCAUUGGUGAUGGAAAUUUCGCCGUAGUACUGAAAUUGAAAGAUAAGCAAAAAAAUACAGAACAUGCACUGAAAAUUAUUGACAAAUCGAAAUGCUCAGGAAAGGAUCACUAUCUAGCAGCAGAAAUUCGUGUCAUGAAAAAAUUAAAUCAUCCUUACAUUAUACAGCUAGUGCAUGAUAUUGAAACGAUUAAAAAUAUGUAUCUAGUGCUAGAGCUGGUCCGUGGUGGCGAUUUGUUCGAUGCCAUAACGCGUGUGACACGUUUUUCUGAGAAUCAAUCGAAGAUUAUGAUGAAACAUUUAGCUUCAGCGAUGGCAUACAUGCAUUCCCUCAGCAUCGUUCAUCGGGACAUUAAGCCGGAAAAUUUACUUGUGGAGUUGGAUAACGACGGCAACGUGGUUCUAUUAAAGCUCGGAGACUUUGGUCUUGCCUGUGAAGUAACGGAACCAUUGCUUUCGAUCUGCGGUACACCGACGUACGUUGCACCAGAAAUUCUGAUGGAAUCCGGUUACGGUGUUAAGAUCGAUGUUUGGGCUGCCGGCAUUAUACUGUACAUUUUGUUGUGCGGAUUUCCACCAUUUGUUUCGCCCGACAAUCAGCAGGAGCAACUGUUCGAUGCUAUUCUAAACGGGUUCUUCGACUUUCCCGCUCCGUACUGGAACAACAUCGGCGACAGUGUGCGCGAUCUAAUCAUCAACAUGUUGCAAUCAGAUCCGGAACUACGGUUUUCCAGCGAGGACAUUCUCGACCAUCCAUGGUUAACGAGUGACAUCGUGGAUGAUACGCGCGAUCCUAAUGGAAUCGUUAUCGAAGCAAAGUGUGACGAUCCGUUAGAGUCUUUGGUGGGCAUUCCCAUCAGUACACAGUAG